CGACGGACCAGACGGCAACGAUCAUGAGCCGCAUACACCCCAACGCGGAGGCCUCCAGGCGGCUCCUGCGAGACGGCGCCCCCGCCGCAGGCGCCGCCACGGCGGCGUGCUACACGGUCUGGAUGAGGUCCAGCAUGGGCUUCCAGGGCACCGACGGCUUCUCCGUCUACGGCGCCGGGGGCGAGCUAGCCUUCCGCGUCGACAACUACUCCCGCCGCCGGAAGAUCUUCGCCGGCGAGCUCACGCUCAUGGACGGCCACGGCGCGCCGCUCCUCUCCCUCAGGCCGCAGAUAAUCAGCAUGCACGACCAGUGGAACUGCUACAAAGCACCAGAAGAAGGCCAAGCAAAGAGGGCAAGAUCACCGCAACUCUUCUCGGUGAGGAAAUGCUCGGUCCUGCAGAACAACCGGGAAGCAGAAGUUUACAUGUCUUCAGCCUGCACCACCACCAACGACGCAUCGGCAUCAGACCAUGGCACCACUGGCCACCAGGCCCCCGGCUUCUGGAUCGAGGGCUGCUUCCGGAGGAGAAACUGCAAGAUCCGCAGGGCCCAUGAUGGCAAAGAGGUGGCGAGGAUCGCCAGGAAGAAGGCGAGGACAGCUGCGACGCCUGACACGGCGCCUCUGACGCUCGGCGAGGACGUCUUCAGCCUCCUAGUGCAACCGGACGCCGAUUGCACGAUGAUCAUGGCCCUUGUCGUCGUUCUGGACCGGAUCUGCUGGAGGCCGUACACGCCCUUGAUAUGUUCUUCGUAGCCCGCGCUGAGUCGUUGAUCGAUGAACCUCUGUUCGUUUUAUACAGGGGAGUUGUAGAUGCUUUUUUCUCUUCUUUUUCAGCUCUUCAAGUAAGAGUCGCCUGAAGCAAGUAAGGGCCAGUGGAGAUAAAGUGCUGUUCGGUUCAUUGCA